AUCUCUCCCUCUUUUGUGGUGUCUCUUGCAGAGAGGGCUUCCUGGUGGGACCUAAUCUCCUGUCCCAGGAUACACCUUCACGACUACACAGGUUUCAGUUGCCACCACUCCGGCUUGAGUCUGUCUCCUUGCAGCCAAGACUGCUGCCCUAAGACCAGCCUUCCAUCCCAAACACUAGCUACGGACCCGCUCACCUUGGGGAAGGCUUCUGUGGUCCCCACCAAAAGGCACUGCUGCUCACCCUCAGUGCCUGAGAAUUUCUUCCACUGGCAUCCCCUCUGUAGGCCCCUUGGCUCCAAAGUGUGGACUCCUAUCAAGCAUCGGGGCAGCAGUGGAGAAGGUGCUUUGGAAGAGCAGCCCCCAAUCCCAGACCAUGGAGCCUGCAGUCUCAGGUUUGACCAAGCUUCAGGUGCAUCUCUUCAGUGUGUCCAAGGUGGUGGUGGUGGUGGCAGUAGCCCCCCUUUUUUCAGUCUGGCCCUGUCCCGGGAAUCUCUAGUCAGCAUGUUGUGGGAGAGUGAGAAGAUCUUGCAGCCCUUCCCCUUGCAACGUCGCUUCUCCUUAUCACCUGUCCAGUUCCUGCCCUCCCCACAGAGCUCUGCUUCCUCCACACCAGAACUGCUCAGGCACCAGCAUGGCCUCCCACACAGCCAGUCACAGCCCUGUGAUCUAGACACAAAGAAGAAUGAUCUCAAGCGUUGCCAUGACGAGGAUGCAAAAUGGCACCGUCCUUCACUCAACUUCUACAAGAUGAACCAGGUAGGAUGGAAGGAGUAGGGCAAGAAGAAGCAUUUUUUGGAGAGGGGGUUGUUUGUUUUUUUGUAGCUUUUUAAGGCAGGAAGGAACUAUUACCAUCAUUCAGUCAGAUCUCCUGAACAAUACAGACCAAAGAACUUCACCCAAUAAAUGCAUUAAGCCCAGUAUUUCUGUUUGAGCUAUAGCAUCUUGGAAAGAUAUCCAGUCUUGACGUAAAGACUGCAAUGAUGGAGAAUCUGCUAGGUCCUAAGAAAAAACAUGCCAAAAUUCCCCAAAGUAAAAAGGUAGGACUUGACACUUCAAAUGUUAGAAAAAAGUCAGAAGAAAAAUACAGUUUUAGGCUGUUGAAUAUACCAUGAAAGGUAAACAAAUGUCAUGGUCUAAUCAGAAGGUUUGUAUCCUUGUUAAUGUUCAG